UUUACACUGACUUCUUCAAAACUAACCAAGUUUUUUUUAAAAGAAAAAAAAAAACCAUUAAAAUGACAGUUGCAGCAAGCAAACAGUAGAUUCAUAUAAUCACAGCAAUCAAUUCAUCCCUGGCUGAAUCUCAGUAUUACAUAAAAAAACCCAGACUAAACAAAAACAGAGAUUGAACCAUCAUGUCACGGCGAUCAUCAGGGACAUGGUUGAGGUUAUGCCUCGUAAUAUUUGCGGUAGUUUCAGCACUGGCAGUAUGUGGACCUGCUCUUUAUUGGAGAUUCAAGAAAACUCUCAGAUUCGUCGAUUCCAAAUCCUCUUGUCCUCCUUGUAUCUGUGAUUGUCCUCCUCCUCUUUCCCUCCUCAAGAUUGCCCCUGGGUUGGCCAAUCUCUCAGUCACAGAUUGUGGAAGCAACGACCCCGAUCUCAAGAAAGAGAUGGAGAAGCAAUUUGUGGACCUUUUAACCGAAGAGUUGAAGUUGCAAGAAGCUGUCGCCGAAGAGCACACUCGCCAUAUGAACAUCACCUUUGGUGAAGCCAAAAGGGUGGCUUCCCAAUAUCAAAGGGAGGCAGAAAAGUGUAUUGCAGCCAUAGAAACCUGCGAGGGAGCCAGAGAACGGGCUGAGGCGUUGCUAAUCAAGGAGAGGAAAGUUACCACGAUAUGGGAACAAAGAGCUCGACAAAUGGGUUGGGAAGGUGAAUAACUUUCUACACAUUUCAUAUGAAUUAUCAUAGUCUCUAGAAUUUGAUAUUUAUUGAAGAUGGCAAGCUAAGUUGCUUGUGCCUUGAGCAGUGUUGUUAGGGCAAAUGGCCCCAUUUAUAGUUGCCUUAAAAUUCCUUACAAGUAUGUAAACAAUUUUCACCUCUAAUUUUUCAUACUAUUGUCUGCAAUUUCUUCACUUUAAACAAUUUUCUUGAAUUAUUUGAA